UGCUAAAAAUUAUAACGAUGGCUCAGAAAAGAACAUGUGCAAUGCAUUCAUCUUUGAUGCCAUUUACAUUGUAUACAAAAUAAUCUUCCUGUCAUCGCAAAUGAAGGAGAUACUUAGAUGGCUACAUUUCGGUGAACCGCUCUGUACUGACUUUAGAUGCAAAGGGAGAAAUGUCGUGGGUGAAGCCGCGACAGGGAACGCUGGUCAAUAAUACUAUAGUAUGCUUAUGUGUAAUACUUUAUUUCAGUUUUACAUUGCAAUCCCCAGCCAAGGUACACAGCAGGUCAUGCGAUGAGCUGGGCAUUACAAUGUGCACGUGGCGUCGCAUACCUCCAUAAUAUGAAACCCAAACCUUUGAUCCACAGAGACUUAAAACCACCGAAUUUGUUAUUAGUAAUGGGUGGACACACCCUAAAAAUUUGUGAUUUCGGUACAGCUUGCGAUCUGAAUACCUACAUGACUAACAAUAAGGGGUCUGCUGCGUGGAUGGCCCCGGAGGUAUUUGAAGGUUCCAGGUACACGGAAAAAUGUGAUGUGUUUAGUUGGGGUGUCAUUUUAUGGGAGAUAUUAUCGAGGAAGAAACCUUUUGAUGAGAUCGGUGGAUCAGCCUACAGAAUAAUGUGGGCAGUGCACGUUGGGCAAAGACCCCCUUUAAUAGAAGGUUGUCCAAAGCCAAUUGAAGAUCUCAUGACCAGGUAUCUACUAAUUUCAAUAAUUAUUAUUUACUAGAGGUGCGCGAAAAUCCGAAAAUGUCGGGUCGGAUCAGGACAAGAAUUUUUCUCGGGAUUCUCGAAAAGAUCCGGGAGGUGCACGUAUGUUUUAUUUCAAAUAUUCGUACAAAAAGGCUAAUUAUUACUUUUUGGUAUAUUAUUUCUACCUCACUUACCAAU